GCAUUAGGGUUCUUGGGUGUGGCAUCCUAAAAGAAGGGUUUUUCGCUCGCUAUGGCUGCCCAGGAGGGGGGAGAAGAAGCACCGCCCAUGGCGCCGGACGCUCCCGAGCAGCAGGACGAGCAAGAGGAUCGCGGAGGUGAGCUUCUUUACUGUGGCACUACAUCCUGGGACACUGUGGGCCGCAAGCAAGCCGAUUCUGGGAGCUUGCCCGCGCCGACGCGCCUCAGCCCUCUCAAGGGCGUCCAGAUUGCUUUCGUAGCCUCCGGCUCAGCUUCCACUCACUGUAUUGCGAUCGGUGCUGAUGGGCGGUGCUUUACCUGGGGCCGAAACGAGAAAGGUCAGCUGGGUCACGGAGACACAUCAAAUAGAGACGCCCCCACGCCGGUGCUAGCUUUGUCACAAUACAAGGUCGUUAAAGCUGGAUCAGGGAGACAGCACACAGUUGUGAUCACGGAUGACGGGAACUCUUUUGCUUUUGGAUUCAACAAACAUGGCCAGCUGGGUAGCGGUCAUGUCAAAGAUGAGGUGGAGAAGCUCCCACUGAAGUGUCUGGUAUCGGAAGCAACUCAUGUAUCUUGCGGGGCAGAUUUUACUGUGUGGUUGUCUUCUGUUGAAGGGACGUCAAUCUUAACCGCAGGAUUGCCUCAGUAUGGUCAGCUUGGCCAUGGAACAGACAACGAGUAUAAUAUGAAGGAAGGAUCUGUAAAACUCGCAUAUGAAGCACAAUCGAAACCAAGGCCAGUUGCAGCGUUCUCGGAAAAAAUGGUCACAAAAGUUGCUUGUGGACACAAUCAUACAGUGGCUUCGGAUUCCAAUGGAUUUGUCUACACAUGGGGCUAUGGGGGCUAUGGAAGGCUCGGUCACAAGGAACAGAAGGAUGAGUGGACUCCGAGAUUAGUAGAAGUCUUCCAGCGUCAGAAUGUGCUUCCCCCAACCGCUGUUGUUGCCGCAGGUGCUGCAUUUUCAGCCUGUACUGCAGGUGGUGGCCAGCUGUAUAUGUGGGGUCGUGUAAAAGCUACCGGUGACAAUUGGAUGUACCCAAAGCCUCUUACGGAUCUGAAUGGCUGGACCAUCCGUAGCAUGGAUUCCGGCAAUACAAUAAGCAUGGUGGCCGCGGAGACGUCGUGUAUAAGCUGGGGGACAGCAUUUUCUGGCGAACUUGGAUAUGGUCCAUCUGGCCCAAAAUCGUCUGCCAACCCGAAAAAAAUCGACUCUCUCGAAGGCAUGCACGUGAUAAGUGUUGCGUGUGGCCUUGCACAUUCGAUGAUGAUAGUUUCCAGGUCCAAGGAUGGCGCCGAGCGACUGGAAGAGUUCGACGUUUAUGAAGCCAGCAGCGCUGAAAACGACAAUGACAACGAAGAAGCCGAGGCCGAGGAAGCAGAGCCAGAGCCUAGAGGAGGAGGAGGAGGAGGAGGAGGACGGAAGCGAAAUCCUCCUCCGAGCAGGAAGGAAACGCCGGCAAAGAGACCUCAAAGGAAAGCCAAGAAGAAAUACUCGUCGGACGAGGAUGACGACGAGGAGGACGUGGAGGAGGAGACCGAGGACGACGAGGAGUUCGACUCGGAGACGGAAGAGUCCGAGGAGGACUAUGUCUCGGACGAGAGCGACUCUCCUCGAGCAGCCAAGGGUGGAGGGCGAGGUGGAAGAGGUCGGGGGCGGGGCCGAGGCCGUGGUAGAGCUCGUUGAUGAAUAUAUACUACGCAAAGAUUCGACACCAAAGCAGAAGCAGCACCAGCAGCAAUUUUAGCAAUGACAGUGUGUACUAUAGAAGCUGACAGAAGAUGGAAGUCACAUAGGCUAGCUUAGCUUGCCUUCAUUGAUGUGUAAUGCUUUGUUAAUUUUAUUAGCUAAAAGUUAUGACCAAAAGAGCAAUAGUAACCAA